AUGAGCUUCCAACACUUCAGACUGGAAGCCAGUUUCGGCCCCUCCCCUUCGUUUCAGAUUCCUGGAAUCUCUCUGCAGCCUGCCGCAUCCAGUAGUAUCCCCUCAAUAAUUCACGAUCCCAAUACGCCAGCCAGUAGUCGAGGGCAGUUUCAGGUGCAAUUGAACAAGCCGGAGAUACCUCAGCCCAGUAAGAGGCCUGCGACGCCAAAGGCCCCUUAUGGCUCUGGAGACAUAGACGAUGGAUACACGAUGGUGUUUGAGAAUAUGGAUGCUUUCGAAGCCUGGCGGCGCAAAGAGGAAGAGGAGAAAGUGGUCGAAUUCGUGAAGGGCGACACCCACGGCUCUAAGGCCAACCCUCCAAGGUUCAAGGAUCACAUCAAGCUGGUGUGUGCGCGGCACCAGAGGAGCGGGAGAAAGAAAUACGUGAAGAAGCACCCGGAGAGGGUCAGGAAGGUCCCGAGUCGCAAGAUUGAAGGUGUAGGUUGCCCCGCGUCCAUAAGCUUCAAAACUUAUUUCCAUACUCCCGAGGUUCGUGUCAGCUAUAUUUCUGAGCAUUCACAUGAAAUUGGACUUGCAAAUCUUCCCUUCACUCGUCGGGGCAGAAAGGCACAGGUAGAAUUCGAGAAGGAGCACAAGGGACGCCGGGGCCGACCUCCCAAACGACUGAGAAACGAAGCUGGCACCCGCUCUUCAUCUGAAUCCAGCUCUCAAGGUGAAGACGACCUUGCAGGUGCAUCAUCGACGGCAUCCUACCCACAGUCCCACUCCGCCCAGCAAAGUCACUUUUCUGAGGUCGUCUCUAUGCUCGCUCCUCUGCCUCAGUUCCCUCCUCCGGCCACGGCUCCCGCGGACAUGAUCGAGAGGUGGGAGCGGAUGGGCACCCUCUUUGAUACAGUCAAGCAGCACGCUAGGACCUUUCAGUACCCUGACGCCAGCGUGGCGGCCUUGGAGAGUGUGCUGAUUCGGCUGUAUCUUGAGAGCCCUGUACAUGGAUCCGCACUCAUUGCAGACACGCACAGGAUCACUCAGGAAUCAGACCGAGGACGGGUGCCUUCACAAGCUAAUGCCGAGUAGUUCUUAGACAUGCCUUGCCUGACGACUUUCUCCCUCCUUCACGCACCUGGCAGCAUCCUCGAGACCCAGAACGUCUCGUACGCACCCCUGACCAGAGCGCAAAUGACUAGGCCGAUCAGGGCCUGUACCUUCUCAAAACGACAAGCCGGACUUCGACCUUCACCCAGUACCAUGCGACAAAAACUCUCGUGGAUUCUUUCGGAUGUUGGCACUAGUAGGGCUUUCGUUACCCAGCGAAGGUCCC